UUCGAGUUCGAACUGAGCCAGUUCAAAAGGAUUGGAGGUCUACUGGUCAAGGGGAAUGUGGUAAGGAUAAGUGAUGAGUAAAUCUUCACCUGUUGAAUGUCUGCAUCUUAAAGUAAAUGUAAAGUUGUGCCGUUGCGUUGGUGUCGACUCCUGGCAACCACAGAGUCCUGUGGUUCUCUUUGGGAGAAUACAGGAAGUGUGGUUUACCAUUGCCAUCUCCCAUGCAGUAUGAGAUUAUGCCUUUCAGCACCUUCCUAUAUCUCUGCUGCCCGAUAUAGGUGUUUCCCAUAGACUGGGAAACAUACCAGCAGGGAUUCGAACCAGCAACCUCUUGCUCCCUAGGCAAAUUGCUUCCCCACUGCACCAUUAGGUGGCUUAUGUCAGCAUCUUAGGCUGCUCUUAAAGUCAGGGCCCGUUAAACAGUUGACAACCCUGCCUGCUUGUGUCUCGUGCCCACCAUUGGGUCCUGAGACUACUCCCAUACAUGUAUGGAUUUAAAAAAUGGCAGUUUCUGUUCUGUGUCUCAAGGUUGGAUGUGUUUACAUGGUAACCAUGCCAACUCAUCUGAGGCAGGCUGGAGAUUCUGAUUCUGCUCUUUGAGUUUCUGGCCUCAGCCAUUGACAGAAGUGCAUUUUGGCCUCUCCUCCUUCUAGUCUUUCCAGCUUCUUUGCAUUUUUAUUUAUGUAUUUAUUUAUUUUGGCCAUGACUAAGCUUACUAUCAUGGCAGCAAAAGAGAAGUUCAGAUGACAGAGGUGGCUUCUGAAGAAGCUACUGAAAGCAGCUACUGAAGAAGAGUCUUCCUCUGCAGAGAUAAAGAAUGAACAUUCAGUCUUUUACAUGGCUGAUUCCAAAUGGUGGAGCUUGGUGAUGGUUGCUCUCCUUAUCAUCAUCAUCAUCAUCAUCAUCAUCAUCAUCAGGAAAUGGCAUUCAUCCCUAAAUGCCUGUGUAUGGGCAGUAAAGUGCUGGAUGAGGGAUAACAAAUUGAAGCUGAAUCCAAGCAAGAAAGAGCUGCUCAUUGUGGGGUAUCAGAAUUUGAGGGAUGAGUUAGAUCUUCCUGUGCUGGAUGGGGUUACACUUCCCCAGAAUGAACAGGGAAUGCAUUCCACAGCCCAGGAGCGGCUCCAGAGAAGGAUUCUUUGAGUCGCCACCACACAUACUGGUGAUAGCUGGAGAUGGACCUCCUCAGAUUACCUUAGCAUGCAGUGAGGAUCAUGCAGAAGAAGGAGCUCUCUAAAGUAACCUGGACCUAAGCUUUUCAGGGCUUUAAAGACUUGACGCUUUGGAAUCGCGUGAACCAUGCCCUACAGCGCCAGCAGUGGACCUGACCUCGGAUGGGGAUGGUGCCCAGGCCACCUCUGAAACGUGCAGCAGAGACACGCAUCCUUCGGCUCCGCUUGGCCCUGGUGAGUCCUCGCACCACACCUGGCCCUGGGGGUUUUCCCCCUGGGCUCAGCCAUUUCACAUGUAUGGGUGGCACCCAGCCGCCGUUGCCUCCCCACCUCCUUACGGGGCAUGCACACAGGUUUGGCAGGGAGCAGCACCUGCUGUGGGUACCAUGUCGCCCGCUGCCUCGGGUGCUGUGUUAGAUGCUUCGGGGACACAGAUUCCUUACCCGCCAUGCGACACCUCUCUGCCGCUGGGUGAUCACCUGUUGCCCACGGUUAAAGAGCGCAUUUGGCGCGGAGAAUUUGUAGAUAUCUUUCACCUGCUCUUUUGAGAGCCUGAGCCGGCCCAAAAGGAGGGAGAGCACAAGAAGGAUGAAGGGAAGUCCAAACGCAAGCCUGUGGAACAUAACUGGGCUAACUGGUUGUCGGGUUACACGGUCUAUAUGGGGGUCGUGCUUCAGGUGCACACAUCCAGAGGACCUGCCAUGGUUAUGUACAUGGACAUCAUCCAUAGGGGGUACAUGGAUUUUAUGGGCAACGCCUGGGAGCACUAUGAUCGCUCUUUUCGUUUGCGGGCCUCCCUUAACCCGGCUAUUCCGUGGGACAGGCAGCACCAGGAACUCUGGCUCCUAAUUAUGACCCCCUCGAGGCCCAUUCUGGGCGAACGGGCUGACAGUGGUCAUCUGAUUUCUAGAACUCCAGCAGCGCAGUCCUCAGGGCCUGCAGCUGCGCAGGGUGUUCAAAGUACCCUGCCGUGCUGGGCUUUCAAUACUAGUGGCAGCUGCAACAGGUCCCCUUGUAGGUUUAAGCAUGAGUGCGGUUUCUGCGGUGGAAAACACGCCAGCAUUCAUUGUCAGCGAGUCAGGCCCCCCCGGGCGGGUCCGAGGGAGCAGCAAAGCAGUAGCAGAAGGGGUGGAGGCACUGUACAAGGUGCCACCCCUGGAAAAGGGCCCUAGCCCGGUGAAGCUUCCGGUCUUAGAACGGCUCCUGCGGGACUACCCGCUUAGAGAGCAAGGACAGUAUUUGAGCCAGGGGUUUACUUUUGGUUUUCGCAUUCCCUACAUUGGUUCGAGAGUUCACAGUAUGUCCCCUAACCUUAAGUCCAUGGAAAGGAUGGAAGCGGUGGUGCUCCGCAAGAUUAACAAGGAGGUAGCUUUGGGGCGGGUUCUAGGCCCUUUCCGGGACUUGCCCCUACCAGAUCUGCGCAUUUCGCCAUUGGGGGUGGUGCCCAAGAAGGCACCAGGCGAAUACCGCCUUAUUCACCACCUCUCCUUCCCACAUGGUUCCUCUGUUAAUGAUGGGAUCCCAGACAGCCUGUGCUCUGUGAAGUACACGUCCUUUGACCAGGCUAUCAGAGUAGUUCGUUCUUGUGGGAAGGGUGCCCUCCUUGCAAAAUGCGACAUUGAGUCUGCUUUCCGCCUCCUCCCGGUUCAUCCUGGGGAUUUUAAUCUCUUAGGUUUCGCCUUUCAGGGGCAGUAUUAUAUUGAUCGGGCUUUGCCCAUGGGCUGCUCGAUUUCUUGUGCAGCCUUUGAGGCUUUUAGCUCCUUUCUUGAAUGGGCCCUUCGGCGGGAGGCGGGUCUUGUUACCACGUCUCAUUAUUAGACGAUUUUCUCAUGGUUGGCCGGCCUAGAACCAACCAAUGCAGGCAUCUGUUAGAGGUUUUUCAGCACCUUUGCGCAGACCUAGGUGUCCCAUUGGCUCAGGAGAAGACCGAGGGUCCUUCAGCUAUUCUCACCUUUUUGGGCAUUGAACUUGAUACCAUUGUGGGCUGUUCCAGACUCCCCCAGACUAAGUUGGACACUUUGCGGGCCUUGUUGGCAUUUUGCAUCCAGGCACGCAAGGUCACCCUUAAGCAGCUUCAACAGAUUAUCGGGCAUUUAAAUUUUGCAUGCCGGGUGGUGGUGCCCGGCCGGCCUUUCCUGCGCCGCCUAUGCGACGCCGUUAAAGGGGUCAGGUGCGGUCAUCAUAGGAUAUGGGUCACUGCCCCCAUGCGGGCUGACCUCCGUCUGUGGGCAUCCUUUUUGGAAUCAUACAAUGGGGUUUCUUUCUGGCGCGAUUCACUCCUCUUGGAAGCAGAUCUACAAGUUCAGUCCGACGCUGCUGGAGGUUCAGGCUUUGGCGUUUAUUUCCGUGGCCGCUGGUGCGCCGAGCGGUGGCCAGCCGCUUGGGUAGCUAGUGGGGCCACCAGGGACUUGACAUUCCUGGAAUUUUUCCCCAUAGUCGUGGCUAUACAUCUAUGGGCAGAUCUCUUUAGGAACCAUACGGUGCGCUUUUGGUGUGACAACCAAGCCACUGUAGAGGUGAUCAAUAGUCAGACUUCCAGGUCCCCCAGGGUGAUGUCCCUAGUCAGAGCAUUUGUCUUGGCCUGCCUGUCUAAUAACAUCCUUUUUCUGGCUUGCCAUGUACCUGGCGUGCAGAACGGCCUGGCGGACGCGCUGUCUCGUUUUCAGGUUCAGUGCUUUCGCCAGCUGGCGCCAGAGGCGGAGAGCUUGCCCGACCAGAUGCCGGCGUGGCUUUGGAGCCUUGGCGCCUAGAAGCCCAGAGGGUGGUCUGGGCCUCCUUGGCCCCCAGCACAUGGGCAGCUUACUCUAGGCAGUGCAGGGCCUUUCAGGAUUUUAGGACUCAGGUAGGAUUGGGCCAGGACUGGCCCCCCCCUGCGGAGCAGCUGAUGCAGUUUUUGGUCCACCUUAAGGGUAAGGGUUUGUCUCCUGGGGCCAUGGCGGGUUAUUUAGCAGCUCUGGCUUUCCACGCUAAGGCACAGGGAAUGUCCGAUACAACCGGGGAUUUCAGGGUAAGGAGGAUGCUGGAAGGUUGGACACGGGAACACCCGGUCCCACUUGACAGUCGACAGCCCCUUCUUCCCGCUGCCAUACAGGGCGCGGUCAGGCAGUUCUCAGCGAUCUGCCGGUCUCCAUAUGAGGCCUCUCUUUUUCACGCAGUCACUCUUGUUCUGUUCUUUGGUGCCUUUAGAGCCGGUGAAUUGCUCCCCAGGGGUCAUCACAGCCCCGUACUCAAGGUGGUACAGUUUGGGGAUGUCAGCUUGGGGCCGGAUAUAGCACAGCUGUAUCUUAGGUUUUCCAAGACCGACCAACGGGGCAGGGGACAGUGGGUGUCAUUACACAGAGCCGACAAUGCGCUCCUCUGCCCGGUACGUGCUUUGGGUAGUUACAUGACCCGGCGGGGAUCCGCUCCCGGAUGCCUAUUCGUACACGAAGACGAGCGCCCCCUUUCCCAGUACCAGUUCUGGACGGUGGCACGGCGCGCACUGAGUGCGGCCGGGGCAGAUACUGCGCGGCUGUCUCUACACUCAUUUCGCAUUGGAGCUGCUUCAGCUGCCUCCCGGUUGGGUCUUUCGGGUGAGACCAUUCAGUGCAUUGGGCGUUGGCGGUCUGCCACAUACAAAAGAUACGUGCGAUAGAGCAUUGGUGACGGCACUGACAGUUUUUUCUCUUUACAGGCCCUGAGCGACGGGCGGCGAGGGCUCGUGUACUCAUUUUGGGCCACUCCAUUGUUUUCUGGGCGCAUAAGGCGGCUCGAGUGGCGCAGCCUGGAACGCAGCUGGGACUGGGUCAAUGGGCAGACAUCUCCUGGAUUGGUCUCAGGGGCAUGGUCAUCGCCCAGUUUUUACCCAUGCUGCAGGAAUUUCUGGAGGUGAAUCCGCCGCCUGACAUUUUGGUUCUUCACCUGGGGGAGAACGAUUUGGGGUCCAAGUCAGGCUUGUCCAUUUUCCAUAGCUUGCGCAAGGACAUUUUACUAGUCCUGGAAUGGUGCCCGGGGAUUCUCAUUCUAUGGCCGGCCAUGCUCCAACGCAGAGUUUGGAGAGGCGCGAGGGACACUUACAGGGUGGAAAGGGCUAGGAGGAAGGUUAACGCACAGAUGGCACGUUUCGUAGCGGCCAUCGGAGGGGGACCUAUAGACCAUCCCAGUAUUCUUUUUUCUGAGCCUAGUUUGUUUAGGGGGGACGGUGUCCACCUUUCACCCAGUGGCACCAGUUCAUUUUUACGUGAGCUAGAGCAGGGAUUGGCUGUUUAUCUGCGCUCUUGGUGGGGUGGCUUGGGUUAAGCUAGGCUAACCCGUGCUGUGGCAGGUGCAGUGCGGUUGGAAAAUGAUUUUAGGCUGGUGAACACCUUCGGGUAAGCGUUUGGCUAUGGGUUGAGAAGGGCAUCUCCCUAGAGACUGCACGGCUCAGGGAGAUCUGCCCUUGUUAACCUACCCUGGCAGGCUAAGCCCUUAGGAAUCGCUGUACGGCUACCUUGGGGUGAUGCUAGCCAAGGGCCUGGCACUAGGCUGGCUAGGAUAGGCAGCCCUGGAUUUGGGAACAUUUAGGGUUGCCUGGAGCCAAGGUGUAUCGCCCUAUACCAUAGGUUAGGCAUGCCCUGGGGGCGCAUGCCUAUAGUUACACACUGCCAAGAGGGAAGCCAUCCCUGCUCUUCAAGUUCUUGUUAAAGUUAAAUAAAUUGUGGCCCAAUUUUAUACCAAAACCUUGUGUCUCGUGUCUUCUUGGGUGUCGGGCAAUUACGCUGCUCGCUGCUCAAAUGAGCAGCGCAGCGCUCUUGCCUGGCCCCCUUUGAGAAGCACGAGGCUUCUCUUGACCUGAUUGGUCAGGGGGCCCGUGCAGGGGGUGGGGCUUCAGCUCCGCGUCCUGCUCCGGGCCCGGGAGAGCUCAGUUCGCUCUCGACAGGCACCCACCCUCCCUUCCCUAGGUACAGUCUGGGUUUUUUGCUGGUCGCCAUUUGGGGCCGAGCAGGAAUUUUUUGGGCGUCCGCUUGAUUGGCCGGGAGUGUGCACCUUUUUUCGCCUGCUCCGGACUGUACUACCCCUUAGCUAGUCACUUACUUUUGGUCACAAUUUGGCAGGUGCAGUGCGGUUGGAAAAUGAUUUUAGGCUGGUGAACACCUUCGGGUAAGCGUUUGGCUAUGGGUUGAGAAGGGCAUCUCCCUAGAGACUGCACGGCUCAGGGAGAUCUGCCCUUGUUAACCUACCCUGGCAGGCUAAGCCCUUAGGAAUCGCUGUACGGCUACCUUGGGGUGAUGCUAGCCAAGGGCCCGGCACUAGGCUGGCUAGGAUAGGCAGCCCUGGAUUUGGGAACAUUUAGGGUUGCCUGGAGCCAAGGUAUAUCGCCCUAUACCAUAGGUUAGGCAUGCCCUGGGGGCGCAUGCCUAUAGUUACGCACUGCCAAGAGGGAAGCCAUCCCUGCUCUUCAAGUUCUUGUUAAAGUUAAAUAAAUUGUGGCCCAAUUUUAUACCAAAACCUUGUGUCUCGUGUCUUCU